CAUAAAAAAAAUUAUAUAAAAUAAGAGAAAACAGAGCAUACAAUGUUUGCAGAGACAGUGUCCAUUAUCGUCCCCUCCUCCGUCCUCGCAGCCAUCAACAGCUGGCUCACUCCCACCGUCUUCUUCGUCAUCCUCAAUGCCGUCAUUGCCGCCAUAGCCUUCACCUCCUCCCUAGCCAACCAGAAACCUCAGUCCCACCACGAUUCAUCAUCCACAUCCUCAUCUGCCGCCCCCAAGGUUCCCAGAUCUCCAUCCGUUCUUCAGCGUCUCAGAUCCAUCAAUUUCCCCGUUCUCAGAUCUCCCGAGCCCGCUCUGAAACCUAACCCGGAUUUCGAACCCGAUUCCGCCCAGAAUCCACAAAGCCUGAUCCAGACGGCCAGUUACAUUUUCCGUCAGGAUUACCUCCCGGAAAGCGAGGCCCAGAUCGUUUCACAUGUAGAAAGCGUUGACCCGAUUGUGGCCCUGGAUGAGAAACCCGAACCGAUCCGGACCCGUUUUGAGUUCCAGGCAGCCAUCGAAGAAGAGGCAGCAGAGAGGCCGGGCGGAUUGGACGGAGGUUCCAGCAAGAGGGACGACUCAGACGCGAUGCCGUUGACCGGGGAGAACCCGGCCAGGGUUCCGGCGAAGAUGACGAAAUCCGCCAGCAUGAAAGCCGCUUGUUUGGACUCCGAGGAGGUGGACGUGGAGGCUCGCCGGCCGGCGACGAUGAAGGAGAGAGUGAUGACGGAGGCCGACGAGGAGGUGGACGCGAAGGCCGACGAUUUCAUCAACAAGUUCCGGCAGCAGCUGGAGUUGCAGAGGGCGGACUCCAUUCUCAGGUACAAGGGGGUGAAUCGUAGAGGGGCUGAAAGAUAAAACAAUUAGGACUGUAGGGGUCGUUUUACAAUUGUUCUUUGUUUUUGGAUUCUUGUAUAAAACCGGAAAGUUGCUCCACUUUGUGAUUUUGGAUUUUUAUCUGGUCCUUAGGCAAAUGGCAAUCAUUUUGAAAACCCGUAGGGUUGGUCCAAUGGGCAUUCUUGUCAUUUCGGGCCCACACGGAGAUCUAUUUUGGACUAUUUUUAGGUGUUUGCUUUUUCGGCCCACCCAACCCACCCUUCUUAAAAAAGGAUGACCUAUUUG